CAUUUGAAAAAACAAAGGUGAUUAAUAACAUAUACCCAAUGACUUUUUUAAACUGCAAGAAAGUGUCGUGUCGUCAAUAACACGAUUUCCUUUACUGCAACGUAUUAUGUGGUAAACGCACGGUAUUAAUUUAAAAGAAUUUUAGGGACCUUGUGAUUUCUUCGUAUACAUUUAAAGAAAACUGAUGGACAACAAGAGGUCUAUUUUUGUGUUCUUGUGUCUUCUCUCAGUAAAAGAUAUCACUAUCUUAUCACAAAAAUCAUGGAACUGGUUUCAGGCGCAAGAGGAAUGUAAAGCUAAUAAAGACACACUUAAAUCGAGUGAUUUGAACGGACCAAAUGAAGAAUAUUGGACGGGAUUCUAUCAAAGAUAUUCAUCGUUGAUAGGUAUUUUAGGGUGUUUCGAGUAUACUGGUAAGGAGCAAAGAGAAGUGACGGAUUAUAAUAUGAGUCACCCAUCAGCAGGACUUUGUCAGGAGCUAUGUUCCAAAGUAGACUCAGAGAUAUUUGGCAUCCAAUUAAACACAUGUAGAUGUUUUCCAAAGAAGCCUUCAGUCGCUCCGGUAUCAUCAGUUGACUGUGAUAAAGCAUGCCCGAAAUCUACACAGAGAGAACGCUUUGGAGAAUGUGGAGGGAGUAAAACAUUUACCUUAUAUAAAUCAGUUUUUAACGGGCAAGUAACUCCAGCAGACAGAUGUGUCUCCAUGCAAUGUGGAAUGAAUGUAGCAUUUACAUUUCAAGAAGACUGUUCAUUGUCAUAUCAGGCGGUCUGUCAGACAACUGAUAUACCUACACAACAAGGUUGGAUUGCAUCAAUGCAGGAAUGUAAUUCAUUAUCACCGUCCUCCUAUCUAGAAGGGAACGUUUCGUUGAGUGACGCUAGAUCUACAUGCCAGGCGUUAAGCAGUGUAUUAAAUGGUUCCUUCUGGCUUGGUAUCGCAAACGAGCUAUACAUGGGAAGAGAUAAAGGUUUUGAUAUAGACAAAAAUGAUAGACAGAUCUUCCAUCAGUGUCAAAAAUGUAGCAGCACAGGAUGUGAAUUUACCGAGUGCAAUGAAAGAUUGAAUUCAUUAUAUUGUAAAGAGGGGCUGAAAGGGGAGACUGGACAAUCCGAAAUCUCCACACCCGUCAUAAGGUCAUCAAUAACAACAAAAAGCCAAAAUCCCCCGAAAGACUCUAACAAUUUGAUAAUAAUCAUGGUCUCCGUGAUUGCUGUGUCCAUUGUCUGUAUCGGAAUGGUUGUUUUUCUGCUGAUUCGGAGGUGGAAACAAAAGUCGACCAAAGGAGACCGAAAAACCAAUGCUUCAAGAAUAGUAGAACCCCACUAUGCUGAUAUAAAUGACGAUCGUUCGACGAAUAUGAAUUAUUUCAUUCUUGCACCUCAGGCGGAAGUGUAUGAACAUUCGAAUAGUGAAAAAGACAAAUCUUCUAAUGCGUACAUGCAAACCAACUUCAGAGAAGGGGUCUACGAUCAUCUACAGAAUCACAAAGUAAUGACAAAUAAGGAGGAAAACACGUAUGACCAAACGUCGACUGUUAAAGAGCGUGAAUACGAUAUCAGUCUUGGAAUGAAUGAAGACAACCUAGAUGAUAGCUACGAUCAUGCUGUGUUUUCAACUCGUUACGAACAAACUUUUAAAACAGUUUUGAAACCGACAAAUAGUGACUACUCAUAAGUAAUAAACCCUAUACCACAGACAUUGUAAUUUAGUUAGAUUCAUAACCCUCAAAGCCAUUCCAUUGCUCUAGUUUUUCAACCUUUAAGCUGUGAACUUGUAUGUGAUGUUCUCUACUGAUAAUACAGUUUUUCUCUAUUCACAAAUACCGGGACAUUAGGUAUAAAAUAAAUGUCCAUGAAGUGGCUCUUAAA